AUCCUUUAACUCAAUAUGAACUAUCAUAUAAAAUUUGUUAAUGUUCUUCUUAUAAACGAAAUCAAAUAGAUUCUUUUUUGUUUUAUAUUCAAAAUUGCAGAAUUGCCUGGCACCAUUCUCACAUUGAAAAUUUUGAUAAGAUUCUAGGAUUUCUAUAGUCAUGAAUAAUCUAUAGUUUAUUGUUUUCAUGUUGUUUUAACUAAUGAUACUUGAAUUUUUACAGUAUCAACUAUUCUAAACUUGAAUAAUGAUAUAUGAACAUGUACUAAUAUAUGAUAGUCUAAUGUCAUUAAUAUUAAAUUUUUUCUACUGAAAAUAGAACAAAACAACAUAGAAUCUUGAUAAUUAAAUCAAGAUUUCGUGAUAGAAUCUAUUAAAACUAUCCCUAAAAACAACAUGAUUUAUUAUUCAACAAAAAUUUGUAAAAACAAAAAAAAACAAAAGAAAAUGAUGAAUAUAUAUAUAUGUAUAUCUGUAUUUUGAAGUCAUUUAGAUUCAUUCAAUUAGUUGGCUUGAUCAACGACAUUUUCUUUCAAUUGCUAAUGAUAGUAAACGUCUUCGUAUAUGGAAUAUAUAUCGGAAAGAAACAUUCUAUUGAAUAUUAACAUUUUUUAAUAAAUACAUUAAGCUCAUGUAACAUUCUUCGUGUAACAUUAUAACAAUAUACACAUAAAUAUAAUAUGUGCAUGAUGGACAAGAGGAUAUUUCUUUUUUUAGCGGACUUUUCUGGUCUGUAAAGGAUUUUUCUUUUCAUAUGAAUUGAAUCAUUCAGAUAAAUAUAGAAACAUUCGAAUAAAUUUAGAUCAAAUAGACAAAUCUAUUAUAUAUCUAUUUAUAUGAUGGACAAGAGGAUAUUUCGUUUUUGUCAGCGGACUUUUCUGUUCUGUAUAACAUUUUUCUCUUCAUAUGAACUGAUUCAUUCAGAUUAAUAUAAGUGAAAUUUGAAUAAAUUUAAAGCAAAUGGAAAAUCAGUUAUAUAUAUAUAUAAAUAUGUAUAUAUGACAGAUAAACUGAUAUUCCUUUUUUAUUAGCACACUUUUCUGUUCUUUUGAAAAUGUUUUUCUCUUGGGUGUGAGUCUUCGGUUUAAAAUAUUUCAUGAAAAAAGUCGUUUAAUUGAUAUAAGUUUAAGCUUAAAUAAAAUUGAAAAGGAUCUUUGGGUUCGUCUUAUUGAAUUAAAAUGUCAAAGUAAUAUUAUUCAACAAAUUCGUUCAAGUCAACAAAAUCAUUUAAUUUCAUUAAAUGAAAAAUUUCAAGGAUGAGUAAGUUAUAUAGAAAAAAAAUAUUUUUGUUUCUAAUAAAAUAAAUAAAAUAAAUUUUUAGGAAAAAUUAAUUGAUAUACUUGAAACAAAAGAAAAUUUAACAAUUGAUUCAAAAGAAUUAUUAAUAAUAUUAAAUAAUUUUCAUAAUGAUCGAAUUAUAAUUGAAAAUUCUCUUAAUGAAUAUCAAGUUCAACGUGAAAUGUUAUGUUUAAGAACAGAUUCAUCUACUUUUGUUGAUUCAAUUGAUGAAAUUCGAAAUUUAGCCAAUAAAACGAAACAAUCUCUUCGACUUGUUUCAUCAAUUGGUAAAAAACAUCUUAAUCGUUUUAUUAAAAGUAAAAAAGAUUGUUGGUUAAUUAUAACAGACAUCAUUUUAUUUAAUGAUGAUCUUUUACAAAUUCGAGAUUUUAUUUUAUCAUCAAUUGAUGAUAAAAUUUGGCAUAUUUGUAAUCCUUCAUAUGCAUCUAAAGUACCGCUAUGGUUAAUUCAACGAUGUUUACAAGUUUAUUUAAGUGAUUCAACUCAAUCAUCUCUUCAUCUUCGUUUAGAACAAAAAAUUUUAUCAAAAAAAAAAUUUACAAAUUUAUAA